UAGAGGCUCUCCAUGAACGAUAGCGUUUUCCUUGUCGGCGGCGAACAGAGUCAGCGACCCUCGCGUCAUUUCCAUUGAAGAAUCUCCGACCGAACACCCGAAAAGUGAAAAAAGGAGGUUAAUUCCAUGGAGGGUUCGGCUGAUCAAUCCGCGAAACCUGCCCCGAACGUGUCCAUGGAUAGUCCUGCAGCUUCCACGGUUGACGGAGCUGAACCCAUGAGCAAGAAUGCUCUUAAGAGGGAGUUGAAGAACAAACAGAGGGAGGAAGAGAGGAAGCGCAAGGAAGAGGAAAAAGCCAAACAGGCUGCUGCUAAGGCUAGCUCUCAGACCAAGAAAUCUGCAGCAGCAGCAGCAGAUGACGAGGAUAUGGACCCCACUCAAUACUUUGAGAACAGAUUGAAGUAUCUUGCGGCCGAGAAGGUUAAAGGGGAGAAUCCAUACCCUCACAAGUUUCUUGUCUCCAUGUCCAUUCAUGAAUACAUCGAGAAGUAUGGUAGUCUAAGCAAUGGCGAACAUGUUGAAGAUGCUGAAGUAUCUCUUGCUGGGCGGAUAAUGAGCAAACGUUCCUCCUCUUCUAAGCUUUUCUUUUACGAUCUUCAUGGUGGUGGUUUCAAGGUCCAAGUUAUGGCUGAUGCAAGUAAGUCAGAAUUGGAUGAAGCCGAGUUUGCGAGGCUCCAUGCAAGUGUUAAGCGUGGGGAUAUUGUUGGUGUCUCUGGGUUUCCAGGAAAAACUAAGAGGGGAGAAUUAAGUAUCUUCCCAAGAUCCUUUAUAGCGUUGUCUCAUUGCCUCCACAUGAUGCCAAGGCAGAAGGCUGCUCCUGCUGUUGAUAAUGCUAAUUCCAAGACAUCCGAAAUCUGGGUUCCAGGAAGCACGCGAAAUCCUGAAACAUAUGUCCUGAAAGAUCAGGAAACUCGAUAUCGCCAACGGUAUCUUGAUUUGAUGCUGAACUUGGAGGUUCGCCAGAUAUUUAAGACCAGAGCUAAGAUCAUUUCCUACAUCCGAAGAUUCCUUGACAACCUUGAUUUCUUGGAGGUUGAGACUCCUAUGAUGAACAUGAUUGCCGGUGGAGCAGCUGCCCGUCCAUUUGUGACCCAUCACAAUGAACUGAAUAUGAGGCUUUACAUGCGUAUUGCACCUGAACUUUACCUUAAGGAGCUUGUUGUUGGUGGCCUGGACCGUGUUUAUGAGAUAGGAAAGCAAUUCCGAAAUGAGGGUAUCGACCUGACCCAUAAUCCAGAGUUCACCACUUGCGAAUUCUAUAUGGCUUUUGCAGACUACAAUGACUUGAUGGAGCUGACUGAACAAAUGCUGAGUGGGAUGGUGAAGGAAUUAACAGGUGGUUAUAAAAUCAAAUACCAUGCAAAUGGGCUUGAUAAGGAGCCAAUUGAAAUCGACUUCACUCCUCCUUUCAGGAGAAUUGACAUGAUAGAAGGGUUAGAGAAGUUGGCCAACCUCAAUAUACCAAAGGAUUUGGCAAGCGAAGAAGCUAACAAGUAUUUGGUCGAUGCAUGUUUGAAGUUUGAUGUCAAAUGCCCACCUCCUCAAACAACAACUCGGUUGUUAGACAAACUUGUUGGGCACUUUCUGGAAGAGACCUGUGUUAACCCCACUUUCAUCAUUAACCAUCCUGAGAUUAUGAGUCCCUUGGCGAAAUGGCACAGAUCGAAGCCUGGUUUGACUGAACGUUUCGAACUGUUCAUCAACAAGCACGAACUCUGCAACGCCUACACUGAAUUGAAUGACCCUGUGGUGCAACGCCAGCGUUUUGCUGACCAGCUCAAGGAUCGGCAAUCUGGAGAUGACGAAGCAAUGGCUUUGGAUGAGACGUUUUGUACCACACUAGAAUAUGGACUGCCUCCUACCGGUGGUUGGGGAUUGGGAGUAGACCGGCUCUCUAUGUUGCUUACUGACUCUCAGAAUAUCAAGGAGGUUCUUCUCUUCCCAGCCAUGAAGCCACAGGAUGAGCCAACUGCAGUGAAAGCUCCAGCAACAGACAAGAGCUAAGGAGUUGCAAGUUUUUUCCCCCCUUCUGAAACAGAACCCUUCAUGUUUUGCAAUGUAUUCUUCUGUGAGCCCUUUAAUGAUGGGUUCAGAUUACUUAUAGCCAUCAUCUCUUGUUUAUGUAUGGGCACUAACUAAUGCUUUGAAGAUCAAUCUUGAGCCAUAUUGUGCAAUAUAUAUAUCUUUUUCAA